UUCUCUUCUCGGUUGGGAGGAGCGGAGGCGCAAGUGGCGGCCGAAAGGCCUGGCGGGAGUGCGCUGCCGCAGCAGCAAGCAGCCGUAGCCGCUCAUCCUCCGAGACCGUCUCUGCCUCUCCGUUCUCCUUCCUUCCUUCCCCGUCGUCUAUGGCGACCAGGCGAGUGGUGAAGGACAAGGCUGGGUCGAGCUUGUGACCGCGAGCGAGGCCGCUCAUUCUCUUCGGCCGAACUCACUGUGCCACUUCGACUCUCCUUUUUUAUGGGUCAUGAUGGUAUCCAUCCCAGAAUACUAUGAAGGCAAGAAUGUCCUCCUCACUGGAGCUACUGGCUUUAUGGGAAAAGUUCUUCUAGAAAAGCUUCUGCGGUCUUGUCCAAAGGUAAAAACAGUUUAUGUGUUGGUGAGACACAAAGCAGGGAAGACUUCUCAAGAACGAGUGGAAGAAAUGAUAAGCUGCAAGCUCUUUGACAGAUUGAGAGAUGAACAGCCAGACUUUAAAGAAAAAAUUAUAGCAGUUUCUAGUGACCUAACGGAACAAGAAAUGGCUCUUAGUGAAGAAGAUAAGGAAAAUCUUAUAGACUGUACUAACAUAAUAUUCCAUUGUGCUGCUACUGUAAGAUUCAAUGAAAUUCUAAGAGACGCUGUUCAGCUCAAUGUAAUUGCAACGCAGCAGCUUCUCUUCUUGGCCCGGAAAAUGAAGAAUCUGGACGUGUUCAUCCAUGUUUCAACAGCAUUUGCAUAUUGCAAUCGAAAGCAUAUUGAAGAAGUUGUCUAUCCACCCCCUGUUGAUCCCAAGAAAUUGAUAGACUCCUUAGAGUGGAUGGAUGACAGCCUAGUGAAUGAUAUUACACCGAAACUAAUAGGAGACAGGCCUAAUACUUACACAUAUACGAAAGCCUUAGCAGAAUACAUCGUACAACAGGAAGGUGCAAAACUAAAUGUAGCCAUUAUAAGGCCAUCAAUUGUGGGUGCCAGCUGGAAGGAGCCUUUCCCAGGAUGGAUUGAUAACUUUAAUGGACCCAGUGGCCUUUUUAUUGCUGCAGGAAAAGGAAUUCUUCGAACGAUGCGAGCCUCCAACAAUGCAGUUGCAGAUCUUAUUCCAGUAGAUGUAGUCAUCAAUACGACAAUAGCUGCUGCUUGGUAUUCAGGAGUGAAUAGGUAUAACAGACCAAGAAACAUUAUGGUAUACAACUGUACAACAGGUGGCACCAAUCCUUUCCAUUGGGGUGAAGUUGAAUACCAUGUAAUAUCCACUUUCAAGAGGAAUCCUCUCGAACAGGCCUUCAGACGGCCCAAUGUAAAUCUAACCUCCAAUCACCUUUUAUAUCACUACUGGAUUGCUGUAAGCCAUAAGGCUCCAGCAUUCCUGUAUGAUAUCUACCUCAGGAUUACAGGAAGAAGCCCAAGGAUGAUGAAAACAAUAACACGUCUUCAUAAGGCUAUGCUGUUACUAGAGUACUUCACCAGAAAUUCUUGGGACUGGAACACAGACAAUGUCAAUAUGCUUAUGAGCCAGCUGAGUACUGAAGACAAAAAGACAUUUAAUUUUGAUGUUCGGCAACUGCACUGGGCAGAAUAUAUGGAAAACUACUGCAUGGGAACAAAGAAAUAUGUACUGAAUGAGGAAAUGUCUGGUCUCCCAGCAGCUCGAAAACACUUGAAUAAGUUAAGGAACAUACGUUAUGGCUUCAAUACAGUGCUUGUUAUCCUCAUCUGGCGUAUUUUCAUUGCAAGAUCACAAAUGGCAAGAAACAUCUGGUAUUUUGUUGUUAGCCUAUGUUACAAGUUCCUCUCUUACUUCAGAGCAUCCAGCACUAUGAGAUACUGAAGAUGACAAUUCUAGCAUUAGAACAUCUAUGCAUAUGGUGGUCUAAUGGCAAAGCCGUAUAAUGUACCUACUCAUCUUGUCUUUUGUAAAACCAUAAAAUAUUAGAUCUGGGUUGUGAAAUACAGUACACGUGAUGCUUAAUUGUGUAUUUCUGUGAAGAUUAUAUGGCUGGUACUGGAUCGAUCUGUUGUUAGGCAAAUAUGUAGACUAAAAAUUCAAACAGAUUUAAUAACUUUGCAAAAAGAAAACCUUUAGGCCACUGACCAGUGUAACUGUGCAAUUCUGGAAUGCUUUGAAUUAAAAAUCUGCCUUAACACAGUAAACUUAAUUUUUAUUGCAAAUAAGAGCGUUUAGUUAAGGGAACAAAUGAUUGACUUGGAUGGUAGACCUAUUUGAGAUCUUAAAUGGCAGUGGGUUUGUCUGGUAAUUCUAGGAGAGAUGUGUCUUUGUAAAGGAUUGUGAGUUGGGCAUUUUGUUAGUCAUCUUACCUUCUUCACAGUGAUGGUAAAGAUGUGAUAGAUUACUAAAAAAAUUUAGACUUUCAUAACUGAAAACCAAUUUUUGGUCUACUCUUAAAAGUGCACCUACUGAUCUCAGUUAGCCCUGGGGAAAUUGAAUGAAUUGAUCACAGUCCAUAGGGAGUGUGCAUGCAGUUUCAGCACCUCAAAUGCACCAAAAGUGAAGUGGUACACAGGUUUUCCCUAAGUUUCUCUAAAUCAUGAGUUAAAACCAUUUGUAUAGACAAGGGUGAGAGGAAGCUUAUCCCUUAGUAAACGUGUGUCAUUACAGAUCACUAGAAUUUUCCACAAAUGAUAAAGGAAAUCAGGUACUUUGAAAUUUUGUUCUGUGACUCAGAGAAUGAACCUGUCUAGAAGAUUCUACUUUUCCUAUGCCACCCACAGAACUUUUAAACUGAAUUUGCAAACACUUUUUCUUCUGCUGUGAAGUCAGUACAUCUAUGCUAAAUAAAACUCAGCACAGUUUUGGGAAAUGGUGGAUAUACAAAUGAAGAAAAAGAAAAUACUGAAUUAGCUAAUACUUGGGUAAAUGUGGGAGAGUCUAUUUUUCUGCAUGUUUUAUUUGUUUUAGCAGGAAAAUGUAUUUACAAGAGUAUGGAUUUGAAAACUGAAAGAUUUCCCUUUAAAACUCUGUUGCAUAAGAUUCUGUGAUAACAUUAUUUCUAUUUUGCUACAAUCUAGCAAACCUGUGUGGUGGUAAACUGGUAAGCUGCUGUGGAAUUUCUUUCAUGCAAGUGUCUAAUUUUGGGGAGACAGCUUCCUUGUUGAAGCUUAAUGUUUCUCUCAUAUGUAUUUAAAUGUAGGGUUUUUUAAAGUUUAUAGAUAAUCUUUCCAGAGGUACAAAAUGUUAUAUAAUCAAGGACCACACCAUUAAGGAGUGUGUGAGACUGCUAUAACAGUGGUGAAAAAUACAAUAAACUCUGGGUUUUGUGAUUUUGUUGCAGUUGGCUGCAAUAUUCCUAUUAUAUCUGUUACAGCGGCUUCCCUAACUCUCCUUUAUUUGACUUGAAAGUUUACUUAGCAUUUUGGCAUAUUGUGACUUUUGUACAAGGUGCCUGGAAUCCAACCACCCACCAUGGUUGAUGGUGAGAACCACCCACCCACCAUGGUUGAUUGUGGUUGAACUUGGUGAGAGAGGCAGUUGAGAGAUGCUUAGAGAAAUUAAGGUUUUUUCCCUCUCUGUAACUUAUUUUAUGGACUUAUUUCAAACUAAAGAAACAGAAAAUGAUGCCACUGUCAAUGGUAUGACUAAAAUGAAUCUAUGAUUAAUAGACACCAUGUCUGUCUAAUUAGAUGUCUGUCUAAUCUUCCAAAUGAGACUCUGAUGUUGAAUACAGCUGCCAUGUGUUGGAGUCAGAAAUUCUCAGUUCAUGAAUUUAAGUUUUCUCGUACGAGGAAGCCCCACCCAUUACCACACUGUGUUGCAAGAAUGUUCCAGCAUCCACAAAACUGUGUAGGUUGGGGCAAUUCUUCAUAUCUGGAUCCUUCAGUGUUGCUAUUCUUCAUACAGAUGUUGCAAUUUCAUUCAGAAUUGUUCAUUAAAACAAAUGGGUCCAUAAUCUUGUGUAUUAGUCUGAAAAUCUCCUCAUUGAUUUUAAAAAUGAAAUAUGAAGUGAUAGAAGAACAUUCAGAAGCCGAUGAUCAUUCAGUAGGCGUGCCAGAAUUUUAAAAUUCAGGCCAUGGGAAGAAUAUUACUCGGCAAUGGGGUUUUCUGCUGUAGGAACAGAUUCUGAAAACAAUUUUAAAUCAUAAGCUUUUAUAAAACAGAAAUAUUGGGUGCCUUUGUAAACCAAAAAUAAAAAACAUUUCUGAAUAUGUUUUAAUUCAUCAAGUUGUUUAAGGUGUGUAAACUUUAUUUGACGGUAUCAUGUGUAUUGAUUACAUACACGUUAGCAGCUAAAUCUUUGUUUAGAAUCUGUUUGUUCUUUACAUGUAAGCUUCCAGUAAUGUGCAAAAUGUAGAGCUGGUGCACUCAGUCUGGAAGAUAAUCUACCCAUCUUGAAAUACUAAAGUGCUAAUUUAGUAGAUAAACAUUCUGGACAGACUGAAGAAAUCAGCUGUGGUGCAUUUCUGCCUUACUUUCCUAUUACAUAGCCUUACACAGCAAUUGUUUACUCAAAGGUAAAUCUCACUGGGCUCAAUGGGAUCUAUUUUAAAGUAAACAUACCUAGAAUUGCAUCUCUAGUCAGUUAUAUUUUUAAAGUGCUGCUUUCUUCAUGUUUGAGGAUAUUAGAGUGGUUUACAUAUGUAAAACUACUCAUCAGUGUCUUCACUAGAUGAUGAUUGGAAGGUGUCAAUGAAACUUAAAAAACAGAGAAACUGUAUUAGUCAGCCUGGUGGUGGUGGUGGUGGUGACACAGGAGCGACUGAGACAAUUAAUUAUGGGAUAAGUACUCCUCUUAAAGAACAGCAUGAUGUAUAAACAAAAACCAUACCUAAAUGAUCUGUUAGAAUUUCAGGAAAGUGCUUGUGUGCAGGGAGGAAGAUGAGAAAUCACUUUAUCUAGGCAGAGUCAUAGAAGAGAAUGUGACAUUAUGUAGUUACUCCCCCUUCCCAAGCUCCUGGCAGUUUCCCAAUUCAAAAAAUAAUUUGCUUCUGACACAAGGUUUCUUGAACAGAAAACUGAAGGAGAAAAAUACUAUGCACCCAUCAGCUGCAUUUUGCCUUCAAUAUCGUUACAUCCAAUAAAGACCAUUAUAAACCAG